AUGAAUCCCGCCCAGCAGCCCCAGCAGCCCGCCGCCGGUGCCGGCGCCGAGAAGCAAGACUACGGCGACAAGGCCUUUGACAUGCUGGCCAAGAAGUCGGGCCACCCCAUGGACCGCAACACGAGCGAGAAGAUCACCGACGGUGCCCGUGGUGUCUUUGAGAAGGUCACUGGCAAGAAGGUCAACCCCAAGAUCUCCAACUAG